UGGCUUCUGGUUCUUCAAUGUCUUCUCCUGCAGAAUUCUAUAAUUCACUUCCACCUAUAACCAAAGCUUAUGGGACCCUGUGUUUGUUGGCUACUACAGCGUAUCAAAUAGGACUAUACAAUCCUGUGUACUUUGCGCUAGAUUACCGUCUAGUAUUCUUGCGGUUUCAGGUGUGGAGGCUGUUUACUAACUUUUUCUUCCUUGGAAAUUUCUCUAUCAAUUUUGGAAUUCGCCUCUUAAUGAUAAUAAGGUAUGGGGUCCAGCUUGAGAAUGGACCUUUUGAAAGACGUACAGCAGAUUUUUUGUGGAUGAUGGUUUUUGGAGGCUUGUCAUUACUGGUGUUGACGGCCAUUCCCCUGUUAAGGUCCUAUUUUCUGGGGGUAUCAUUGGUGUUCAUGCUUCUCUAUGUCUGGAGUAGGGAGUUCCCAAAUGCUCAAAUCAAUAUAUAUGGACUUGUCACGCUCAAGGCAUUUUAUCUCCCUUGGACAAUGCUUGCUUUGGAUGUUAUUUUUGGGUCUCCUCUCGCACCAGAUCUAUUGGGAAUCAUAGCAGGACAUCUAUAUUACUUCUUGACAGUACUGCAUCCACUUGCCGGUGGAAAGAACAUAUUGAAGACUCCCUUGUGGGUGCAUAAACUUGUUGCUCGCUGGGGGCUGGGAUCUCAGAGGAAUACGAAUGCCCAGCCUGAUAGGACAACUGGUGUGGCUUUCAGAGGGAGAAGUCAUCGGCUGAAUUGAUAGAACCAUUGUCUCCUGCUUUGGCUGGUUUGACGCAUUAGCUGCUAAUACCUUUUCCCUUUUCCCUAAUGACAUUGCUGAUAAGAUGAACAAAACCUUCAUUGCCGGGAAGGGGGAGAAGAAAGAUGAACACUCUUGAAUGGUGGAUGGUAAUAAUGCACCCUCUUUCUGCCUUCUGUAUGACAUUGAACAAUCAUUAUUAGUGAAUGCUUUAAUUGUUGUGUGUUGGGAAUGUGGGAAAUUUUCAUUCAUAUUGUAGCCAUGCACAAAAUUGAAAUGUCAAGUCAAGAUACUUUGAUUACAUCUUCCAAAUUGA